CCGCCGUCGGCUUGGCGCGGAGCAAGAGCCGUGGAAGCGAUCAUGGGAGCCAGAGAGCCUCGACGGGAACGAUGGGAACGAAACCAUGGGAGGGACACUCUCGAGCCCUCAUCUCACUUCGUCUCAUCUCAUCAAGUCGAUUCCACCGCCGCUUCUGGCGCGGCACCUCGCCCUCAUCGUCGUCCCUCCCACGGAGCCCCCGCGCAUUCAGUCAGCCGCGCGGCAUUUCGGAUCGCAUCUCAAAGGGCUCUCGGCGAGGCGGCGAGGUUUGAGACGUCUCAAAGCUCCCCCGCGGCUUCGGCAUUUCAGAAUCACAUUGCCGAGGACUCUUCGUGAGGCGGCGCCUUGCCACGGCCAGCACUCGAAUUGUUGCCCACCCUCCAUGCUUCCCCUCCCCCCCCGAACCAAUCCUUUGACAUCCUCAGCCCCUCCAGUCGGGGGACGGACGCACUCCAACGGAGCUAGAAAAUCGCAGACUUCGUGAUCAGUGGUCGUAGCCUAGAGCCUUCGCCGCCUGCAGUGUCUCUCCCUUUAGAGAGCUGACAGCUGCCCUCUUUCCAGCCUCAGAAUAAUCACUGGCGAUGGAGCUAUCCCCGAUACUGCUGGCAACGAUAAAAGCAUGCAGCUUCACCAUCGGUCGGCCGAGGGUGGCGGCCGUGGUGGCGCCGUGCGGGGUGCCUCUCCUCGUGCUACUGGCGGCCAUGGCGGCGGCGCUGCCCACCGCCCUCAGCGUCCUGGCGCCGCAAGACCUGGCGGCAGUGAUGGCAGUGUGGCGCGGGCUCUACAGCAGCAGCAGGGGCAGCGCGGACGUGCGGUCGUGGCGGCCGUCCUUGGACCCCUGCACCGUGCAGGCGCCCUUCCCCCUCAUCUGCGCGCCCGCCGUCUCCGACCGCCCCAACCAGCGCAUCGCCUCCAUAUUCCCCACCUUUCCCCCCUUCCCACACAUCCUCACACACACCCCCCCUCCGGCCGACCGCCCCAACGAGCGCUCGGCCUCCACCACCUUGUCGGGUCAGGCCCUGCGAGGAACGCUCAGUGCUGCCGUGGGCAACUUCUCAGCGCUCACUGGUUUUGUGCUGAACAACACACGGGUGGGCGGCACUCUGCCUCAGUUUCGCAGCUCCAAGCUGCUUGCCCUCUCGAUUCUCAACAGUCCCAUCGAGGGCCCCAUUCCCUCACUCCUCGCCACGUCACCAGUUCUUACCGCACUGGCCAUAUCAGGCACGGGAGUCAGCGGCAGCAUACCAGAGGACUUCAUCGCCUCCACUAAAACACUUGAAUCGCUUGACAUUGCUGGCAACGCCCUGUCAGGCCCUCUCCCCUUGCAGCUCGUCCGACCAGGCCUCUCUCUCAGGCUAUCGCCCGGCAAUGCUGAUCUCUGCAUUCCAGCCGCCGCUGCUGCCACCACCGCCGCCACUCUCCCCCGGAACACGUCCAUCUGCCCCGCCUCCCCUCCCCCGCCCGCCGCCUCCCCUCUCCCCCCGCCCGCCCCCGCCCUGCCCUCCUUUGCGAUCACCCUCAUCGCCGUGGGCGCUGCUGCGCUGGCUGCUGUGCUGCUGGGGGCGCUGCUGUGGCGGGUGGUGAGGCGAGGGAAGGGGAAGGGGGAGGAGCCGUUGAUGGAGGGAGGCGACACAGUGGCCCAUACCCGCGAGGUGGCGGACGGGCUCACAGAGUUCCAGCUGUGGGAGCUGCAGGAAGCAACCGAGAACUUUCACUUCUCGCGCCUCAUUGGCCGGGGUGGGUUCGGCCACGUGUACAAAGGAACGCUCCCUGACGGCUACGAGGUGGCAGUGAAGAUGCUGCAUGCGAACCCAGGGGGGGGGCAAGGAGAGGCGGAGUACCGCAUCGAGAUCGAGGUGAUCGGGCACGUGCACCACCGCAACCUCGUGCAGCUCGUGGGCUUCUGCUGCGAGGGGGAUUCGCGACUUCUGGCGUAUGAGUUUGUGUCGGGCGGCAGCCUCUCCUCACGACUCAGAGACAAGUCCAGCCCAAUGACAUGGGAGCACCGCGUGCGAGUAGCAGUGGGAUCCGCCAAGGGCCUGGCGUACCUGCAUGAGCAGUGCGAGCCGCGCAUCAUCCACCGCGACAUCAAGCCGGCCAACAUCCUGCUGGACGCUGCUGGGGAGGCCAAGAUAGCUGAUUUCGGGCUGGCUAAAGUCAUGCCUCAGGGUGUCAACGACAUGACCACCCGGGUCCUUGGCACGUGGGGCUACGUGGCCCCCGAGUACGUGGGCAGUGAGCGUGUGGGCGUGGCGGCAGAUGUGUUCAGCUUCGGGGUCGUGCUGCUGGAGCUGCUGAGCGGGCAGUCGCCACACAACACAGAGGACCUGCUGGAACGGGCCGAGGCUUGUUUAUGCGAGGGCGCACUCGACUCCUUCGCUGACCCCACCCUUCUGGCAGCGGGGUUCGACGAGGCGCAGUUCCUGCGAGUGCUGCGCAUCGCGCUGCUGUGCCUCGAGUACAACCCCGACCAGCGCCCGCCCAUGGCCUCUGUGCUGCGCUUCCUCACCUCGCCCCACGCGCCCCUACCUCACGAGGACAGCCCGCUUGAGCCCAUCCUGGAGGGCUUGGGUGAUGGUCGUCAUGGCGCUGGUGGUGGUGAUUUGGGGAGCUCUGAUACCAGUGGGGAGGAAGAGGAGGGGAGUAUGGAAGAGGGGGGUGGGGGUGAGGGUUUGAGUGGGAGUCGGGUGCGUGGGGGAAGUGGUGAGGGGCAGGAGAAGGGUGAUGGGAGGGAUGGGGGUGUGUUGGGUAGGAGUGGUGGUGCGGGGAUGGAAGAUGGGGUGGAGGUGGUGGUUGAUGGGUUUGACGAUGGGGGAGAUGCGAAUGGGGCGCAGGUGGACGUGCAAGAGACACUGGCGCUGAACAUGGUGCCGUAUCACCAGGCGUUCGACAUUUCACGGAUUGACCUGUGAUGAUUGCGCCACAAGAGCGUGACUUCCAUGUGCAUGGUGGUGUACGAGAGCUGUUCGGUUGUUCCUGCUUUUCCCUAACAUCAGCUUACCAAAUUUGGUACACCAGACCAGACCAUGCCAUUUUUAUUUGAGUUGCUUUUCCCAUAAUUGACUUCAUGCAUUAUGAGCUCCAUUGUUUACUGCUCAGACGUAUGUUUCGUAUUUUAAUGAGCAUGUGUUUUGUUAAAAGUAACGG